AUGCGACUGUUUGGAUGGCAUGAGGUCACCUCAGUGCUAAAAAAGUACAUGAAGUUUAUCGGCCCCGGGCUUAUGGUUUCGGUGGCAUACAUGGAUCCUGGAAAUUAUUCGACGGCUGUAGCAGCAGGAGCGGCCUACAAAUACAAUCUUUUAUUCCUGAUUUUUCUCCUGAAUUGCUUGGCUAUUUUCCUACAGAUCCUUUCAGCUAAACUUGGCGCAGUGACGGGUCUUGACCUUGCUGCCAACUGUCGAGCAAAUUUACCAUUCAAGAUCAAUAUUAUUGUGUACAUAUUGGCGGAAAUUGCCAUCAUAGCUACCGACUUGGCCGAAGUGGUUGGUACGGCCAUCGCUUUGAAUAUCAUUUUCGGUCUACCACUUUUCUUUGGCGUUAUUGUCACGGUUGUUGAUGUUCUCAUUGUGUUGAUGGCUUACCGACCUAAGGGCCCCCUACUUUUCAUUCGCAUCUUCGAGUCAUUUGUUUCUGUCCUUGUUGGGGCAACCGUGGUAUGCUUCGCAAUCGAGCUUUACGCAGUGUCACACGACAGCGGUAUCAACUUCUCUUUGAAGGAGGUGUUUUUGGGGUUCCUUCCAAACGAAAAAGUAGUCGACAUGAAGGAGCGGGACGGUGGAAACGGAUUGUUUCUUAGUUUGGCCAUUCUUGGUGCAACAGUUAUGCCUCACUCCUUAUACUUGGGUUCUGGUCUUGUACAAGCCAGACUAAAGGAUUUUGACAUUAAGCAUGGUUAUUACAUUCCCAAUGAGCUGCACGAAGAGACCCCCGAGCAAGAACAGAGUGACUCGCUUAAUGCUUCAGUACACAAGAAUGAUGAAGAGGAAGAUGACGACUACAGACCAUCAAUCCAUGCGAUUGAUGACACCAUGUCUUACACAAUAAUGGAGUUGGUUGUAUCGUUGUUCACCGUUGCGUUGUUCGUCAAUGCAGCUAUUCUCAUAGUGGCAGGUUCCACGCUCAAUCCUCAGAAUAAGAGAGAUGACCAUGAUGAUGAUUCAGACACUGACGAUGACGAUGACCAUAAAAAAUAUCAGAACGCUGACUUGUUCACAAUCUACCAUCUCCUUUCUACCCAUUUAUCACCUACAGCAGGGUUUGUCUUCGCGCUUGCUUUGCUUUGCUCGGGCCAAAGUGCCGGAGUGGUUUGUACUUUGGCAGGUCAAAUGGUGCUGGAAGGCUUCUUACUGUGGUCGUUACCUCCCGUUACUCGUCGGUUAAUUACCAGAGGAUUGGCAAUCGUGCCAUGUCUCGUUGUGGUCACAAUGGCUGGACGUGAGGGAUUAUCAAACGUUCUCAACGUGAGUCAGGUUGUUCUUUCCGUAUUGUUGCCAGCAGUAACUGCUCCUUUGAUUAUUUUCACUUGCUCGAAGGAAAUCAUGAGAGUUCCGAUUUUCUUACGUGACGGUGAGGAAGACUCUGAUAUUCCUGUGGAAACAGAUGAAAUCUUCAAUCUGACAUCGAGAGCAUCUACUUUGGUUGAGAGUCCUUAUUCCACUACACAAAAAAACAAACGCUUCAAGAGUACCGAACCUGCAAUCAAGCUACAAGAUUUGCGAAAUUCACAUCCAUGCGCUGGCUGGGAUGACGACGACGAAAUGCUGUCUGAAGAACACCAAAGACUUGUACAAGCAGCCGAUAGAGCUGCCGCGGGACCAGAUGUUCCAACUAAUCCAAUCGAGUAUACCGCAUCCAAUGCUCGUCCAAGAAACAACUCAAUGGAUAUUCACCGGGUUGUUGGAUACAAAGAUAUGAGUAAUGGGCCACUCAUGUCAUUUACUGCCAUCCUCAUUUGGGGGUUUGUCACAUGCUUGAACCUUUACCUCAUAGGUAAUUUGGUGUUAGGUUAUGACACUCCACUUUGA